UCAGUGAUUCAAACCACUGGGAAAAUAUCAUCAUAUUAUUGUGUUUUCCAAUGCUAGUUUCAAUAUUAUUACUAUGUUCUCUAUUGUAUGAAUUUCAAACUUUGAAAAUAAUAAAUACAAGCUAUGGCAAACUUCGUGGAAUGGCUGAAUGGUCAGAUGAUGCAAAUCACAAGUUUACUUUCAAAAGUGUUCCGUUUGCAAAGCCACCAAUUGGAAAUUUGCGGUUUGCGCCUCCACAAAAACUUGAUCAUUGGGACGGUAUUUUAGAUGCUUCAGUGUAUAGUGCCGCUUGUAUGAGCAACUCAACACUAACAACUCAGUCAUACGUCAACGAAGAUUGUCUGUACAUCAAUAUCUUCACUAGUGAAAAGUGCUUGAAGUCCAAGUGUUCAGUGAUCGUAUAUUUUCAUGGUGGUGCUUACAAUACAGAAUCAGCUACAAUGUUCUCGGACAGAUUCAUUUUAGAUAGAUAUGUUCACGAGGAUGUGAUCUUUGUAAUACCUGCAGUUAGAUUGGGAGUUUUUGGACAACUAUACUUUGGACCAAAUGCCUACCUUACUGAAAAUCUAUUCAUGUUUGAUGCCAUUCUUGCACUAGAUUUUGUACACAACGAGAUAUCCAAUUUUGGUGGUGACCCAGAGAAAGUGACAAUCAUGGGGCAUUCUUCAGGCGGAACACUUGUUGAAGCGUUGGGAUUUUCGAGCAUGGUUGACCCUGAGUUGAAGUUAUUUCAACAAAUGAUAAUGUUGAGUAGUACUGGAAUGUUUGGAUUUGACGAUUUAGUGAUAGACAACUCAUUUACAAUUGUUGAAAAGCUUGGUUGUUUCAAUGGUACGAAAGAAGAACGAAACACUGUGAAUGUUGCUGAAACACUUGACUGCAUGAGACAUAUUGAUGGUUAUGAAAUUUUGAGAGUACAACAAAAAAUGGAACUAAUGGACCAGUUGUCUUUCAAAUAUCUUUUAAGGGGAGCACCGUUUAUGUUGUUGAAUGGAAAUAUUGCAGACCUGAAGAAAAAUACAUCGCCACGGAAUGCAAUUUUUGGAACAACUGAACAUGAGUUCUUUGACGUGACGGAGAAAUAUCUUUAUAUCACAGUAACUUUCUUAGAUUAUGAAAAUCCAGUUGCUGUCGCUCGAAACUAUGACGGACGGCUGAUGAAAAACAUGGAAACUAUGAUAACUGGAGAUUCUGCGGCAAUAUUUGUUUCUACUGCCACCUGCGCUGCAGCAAUGGCCAAUGCAGGAGCUGAUGUUUUCCUUUUUGAAACUCGUCAAUCAUACAGUGUUCAUGUUUCUGACAUGCAAUACUUCAUUGGCAAUCAUUGUGCACAUAACCGUACAAUCGAUAUAGACAUUCUGGAUAGUUUUUACUCGAAACUGCUCACGAACUUUACAAAACAUGGAAAACCGUCUCCAGGGUGGGACCCUGUGGAUCCUGGAAGAAUGAAUUAUUUGGAGCUGAAAGUUGAUUCUAAAGCAAGGAGCGGCCCAGUUAUGCUUGAAGGUUAUCAUGCCAAAGAUGUGUCCUUUUGGGUUGGAGAAAUGACAGAGUUUGAUCAAAACGUGUCAAAAAUGCGACAUUCCGAAGGACUGCCACCAGAAAGACAAGAUACAAAAUCACAACGACAAUAUUGGAACUUUAUUGUAUACCAGAAUUUUGAUGCGAAAAAUCAACAGAAACUAGUCGAUAGCACUCACUUCAUAAUAAACACUACAGAUCAAGCCAUUAUAUUUAGAACUGACAUUUCGAUUCUUUAUCAGUGGUGGUUUUAUUUAAUAAUAGCAGUUUGUGCAAUGACUAUUGGCUUAGUCAUAUUAUCUUUCAAAAAAUCAAGAAAUGGCGAGAUCACUCCUUUAUUAAGUUAAAAACAACUGUCAAUAUGUAAAUAAAGCUAUAUACGUGCCGUGUUAUAAGUUCAC